AUGAAUGCAUCGGACGACAUCACCCCAGCAAGUUAUGGCACAGACGGCGUGGCUCCCCCUAUCCUCCCCGUCGCCACGCAUCACUCCUCUCAACUCUCCGUCUUCUUCGAAUGGGCUGGCAUCCUCCCCCUGGCCAUCUAUCUCGCGGGCACCGGCUUCUCCCACCGCCUGGUAGGCCGGACGGCGCUCGCGGGCUUCAUCACCGUCAGCCUGUUCCCCCGCCUGGGCGUGCUCGAGAGCAUCGCCGCGUUCCUCCGCGAGGGCGCCGACUUUGUGGAUCGCGCGUCGUCCAUCAGCGAGCUCAGGCGGACGGUCUGGGAUGCCAAUUUCGGCAGCGUGUUUCCCUGCGCCAACGGGGCGGCGAGCGAUAUCCUCGCGAGGCAUGUCAUUCGGAGCGCGCGCGAGGUUGCAAUUCCGCAGGACUUGGCUGAGCUGACGCGCGCGUAUGAGCUCGGAAUUGCGGAUGGCGGCGUCACAGAGGAGGAGGACGGGUCGACAAAGAAUGAAGAGAAGAAGAAGAGCGUUGCGGUUGCUCCGUUCCGUCGCUACCAGACCCUGUACAUCAUCGACUGCACCAUCAACGCUGAGCGGAGGAAAGGCGUCAGGGCCGCCCUUUCGGCUUCGUGGCUGCCAAAUCUUGUCGAAGUCGUUGUCUUGCUUCUUCUGCUCGGCGCGUGUGCCGUGGCCGCUUUGUUCGGCUUAUACGGAACCGCGGCGGCGAUCCUCCUCAGCGCUGUAUUUCGCGCGACACGGAGCUACAUACAAGUCAUUACGCCUCCGGGCUACAUGGAGAACAAUGAGCCCAACCAGGUCGACGGCUGCAUGCUGGCGGCGAUACACGAAAACGCUUCAACAUGGUACUUAUACCGAGGCUCGAGGGCCGUUGUCGAUGGUCUGCUGAACAAGCCGAUGAUUCUGGACAUCACCGCUCGUCCAAACACGAUGCUGGCCUUUACACUGCGGGCUCUCGCCGUGUUCCAGAUUGUCACGAUGACCUAUGUUGCUGCGCAGAAAGGCUGGGACGGGGUGGGCUUGUUGGUGCUCAUCGUCGUGGCCUGGACGCUCGACUAUGUUUUGUACAACGACGACAAGCUUGCCGACGGUUGGCUUAGGAGGGAGAAUGUGAGCAUGAAGGCGUGGAAGUGCCGGUUUAGUGGACGCACAGCCAUGCUUGGGAGCAUCCAGGUGCUCAAGACGAGCAACGUUGCCAGUUGGAUGGAUCAGAUUCUGGCGCCUUCGGACCGGAGGGAGGCUUGGCUACGAAGCCUGCUGUUGGAUCGGCUUGACUUUGAGGCACCAGAGAAGGCGUUGACGGAGAAGGAGGUGGAAGAACGCAAAUGGGUCAAGAACAAUUGGUUGUUGACGAGGGCUGCAGUCACUGCUAUUCGCGACGCCCUGGGAGAGGGCUCGGCAUGA